UAUUACAUGGCCGCCAUGGCCCAUGAUCCUACUACGGUGCGCAUGCCAUGCCAUGGACUCCUACAGGUCCGCGCCAUCCCACGGACGAGAUCACAACGUGCGCGAUCACCACUACUUGCUAAGUCUACACAGCUAGAAGGGCGGAAGGCCUUUGCAUGGACGCAGCAUGCAUCAGGGCUUACAGACGGACUUCACUUGGGUAAGAUCGAGUCCAGCAGGUUUCCUAUCUAUAGCCGGAGUGGAUCGAGAUCGGAGCAAAUUAAGCUUGGAUUAUCAACAGUGUCCACUCUGGAGGCCGGCGGCGCCCCUGACUACGCUGACCCUCCGCCGGCGCCGCUGGUGGACAUCGACGAGCUCGGGAAAUGGUCCCUAUACCGCGCCGUGAUCGCCGAGUUCGUGGCGACGCUGCUGUUCCUGUACAUCACCGUGGCCACGGUGAUCGGGUACAAGCAGCAGACGGAGGCGUCGGCAUCGGGCAGGGACGCCGCGUGCGGCGGCGGCGUGGGCAUCCUUGUCAUCGCGUGGGCGUUCGGCGGCAUGAUCUUCAUCCUCGUCUACUGCACUGCCGGCAUCUCCGGUGGCCACAUCAACCCGGCCGUCACUUUCGGCCUCUUCUUGGCGCGCAAGGUGUCCCUGGUGCGCGCGAUCCUGUACAUGGCCGCGCAGAGCCUCGGCGCCAUCUGCGGCGUCGCGCUCGUCAAGGGAUUCCAGAGCGGAUUCUACGCGCGCUACGGCGGCGGCGCCAACGGGGUCAGUGCCGAGUACUCCACCGGCACAGGGCUCGCUGCCGAGAUCAUCGGCACCUUCGUGCUCGUCUACACCGUCUUCUCGGCCACCGACCCCAAGCGCAAUGCCCGCGACUCCCACGUCCCGGUGUUGGCGCCGCUUCCGAUUGGAUUCGCUGUGUUCGUGGUUCACCUGGCGACUAUCCCGAUCACCGGCACCGGGAUCAAUCCGGCGAGGAGCCUCGGCGCCGCCGUCGUGUACAACAACAGCAAGGCCUGGAGCGACCAGUGGAUCUUUUGGGUGGGUCCGUUCAUCGGCGCGGCGAUCGCAGCGCUCUACCACCAGAUCGUCCUCCGCGCCAGCGGCAGGGGUUACGGCUCCCGCUCCUUCCGGAGCUACGCCUAGGGGGACCUCGUCUUGGUCAGCUUCCACGGCUAUUCCAGGCCGUGACUGAGCACUUUUCAGUCAGGUCAAGUGUUGUAGCUGCUGGCAACGGCUCGGCAGCUAGUGCAAGUGUUUGUGCGUUUGUGUGCUGUGAAAAGCAAGUGUGACUUCGCCAGCUUCUGUGUACCCCUGUUGGGUUGCAGUCAAUUUAAUUUAAUAAAGAUUGGAGGAAUGCAAGCGAUCGGUAAA